CUGGCAACCAGAAGAGGCUUUACCAAACAUACAGGCGAGCAUUCGAGCUAGCUGCUAACCGCUAGCUGCCUUCGUUUUCUGGAGAGAUUCAACCGUCCAGAUAACCACCAUGUCCUCAAGAACCCUGCCGCUGCUGUUCAUCAACCUCGGCGGAGAAAUGCUGUACAUCCUGGACCAGCGGCUCCGAGCUCAGAACAUCCCUGCUGACAAAGCUAAGAAAGUUAUGAAUGACAUCAUCACCACCAUGUUCAACAAAAAGUUCCUAGAAGAGCUUUUCAAGCCACAGGAGCUUUACUCCAAGAAGGCCCUGCGGACGGUGUUCGACAGGCUCGCCCACGCCUCAAUAAUGAGACUCAAUCAAGCCAGCAUGGACAAGCUCUAUGACUUGAUGACCAUGGCUUUCAAGUACCAGGUGCUUCUCUGUCCCCGACCUAAGGACAUCCUUCUCGUGUCCUUCAACCACAUGGAUGCAAUCAAAGACUUUGUGAAAGACACUCCCAGCAUUCUCAGCCAAGUUGAUGAGACAUACCGACAGCUCAUAGAGAUGUAUACAACCUUGUCUAGUGGAGAAUUCCAGCUGAUCAGACAAACUCUCCUUAUCUUCUUCCAAGACAUGCACAUUAGGGUGUCUAUUUUCCUAAAGGAUAAAGUGCAGAACUCCAAUGGCCGCUUUGUACUUCCCACCAGUGGUCCUGUGCCUUAUGGAACACAAGUCCCAGGCUUGAUAAGGAUGUUUAGCUGCAACGGUGAAGAGGUGACCAGGCGGAAGUUCGGUAACGGAGGAAACUACACCUCUGCUCUCCGGGAGGGAUCUUUUGAGAUAUUUGGAGAAAGGGUCACCAAACUAGGCACGAAUAUGUACAGUGUAAGCCGUCCAGUGGAAACCCACAUGUCAGGAACAUCUAAAAAUUCUGCUCAGCACACUAAGGUCAACGUUGCUCCCAAUCCGUUGGCCAAAGAGGAGCUGAACCUGUUGGCCAGGUUAAUGGGAGGGUUAGAAGUUCAGAAGACAGGAAAUGCUGACAGCGGCUUCCGAGUCAACCUCUUCGCCACCGAUGAAGAAGAAGAAGAGGCAUUAAUAUCAAGACCAGAUGACCUUUCAUAUGGAGUCAUAAACAUCCAAGCAACGAAGAACCAGCAGGCCAAUGCAGAGCUGGCCAAGAUCAUGGGAGAGUUCACAGAGUCUGGAGAUCAAUCACCCAGUUCCAGCAGCAAAGGGGAUGACCUCCUGGCCAUGAUGGACGGGCUGUGACAUGGACAGCCUGACAGAAAUGCCCACAGGGAGUGGGGCACAAUGCAUCGUCAACAGUACGUUCCACUGAAGACCAGUCUGCUGUCCGUACCUGCAUAUACACUGCAGAAACCUCACAUGCACUUAGAAAUCCUUCUUUCUUUGGGUGCUUUUUAAAAUGCAGAUGUGAGCCGGUGUUUCCAUUGAUUGUCAAAUGACCAACUGCAAACUGCAAAUUUGCAUAGUUAGCAGUAAAGAAUGUGGUGAGCCAAGCUUUAAGCUGUAAUACACUUUAAUAGGAUGUUUGCUGGAAACUGAAAAGAGUUCCAGUGCAGU